GAUUCAAAAUUUCAAACGAAAAUACGACAUUGUGUUUCUAUUUUAUAAGUGCGCUUAAAUCUUAUAAUUUAUAUGAUAUUCAUAAUAAUUCUUAGAACUAGCUUGCUUCUGCUGUGCACUGAUGCGUUAGUAAUAUCGAUGUUAAAAGUUUUUGUGAAAAAUGGUUAAAAUUGAAAGAGCUUGCCCUGGCUUAGGCAAGCCGAAAAGUUCUACAGUACUUGCACCAUCAAAAAGUGGAUCGACUCAAAAUAUGGCUGCGAAUAUAAAAGUCGUAGUUAGAGUUAGACCCUUAAACAAUAAGGAAAUGGACCUCAACAAUCGUGUGGUGGUUGAUGUUGUUGAUGACAAAAUGUUAGUGUUCGACCCAAAAGAAGAGAUACGACCAUUUUUCUACCAGGGCGUACAACAGCCAAAUAAAAGUUUUCUAAAGCGCGCCAACAAAGAGUUGAAGUUUGUUUUCGAUAAUGUAUGUGGACAAAAUGCUUCUAAUCAAGAUGUCUUUGAAACUACGACGAAGGAUAUGUUGACUUCCUUAAUGGAAGGUUAUAAUUGUUCAGUGUUUGUUUACGGAGCAACUGGCGCGGGUAAGACAUUUACUAUGAUUGGGAAUAAAGAACACCCUGGAAUUACUUACUUGACAAUGGAACAUUUAUUCUAUACUAUUAAUUCAUUUGAAAAGGAAAGAGAAUUUGAUAUAGGUGUUUCAUAUAUAGAGGUAUAUAAUGAGAGUGUAUAUGACCUGUUAAAACCAUCCAACACACCUCUACAACUGCGAGAGGACUCCAAGUAUGGUGUGAUGGUAGCAGGUCUUACUCUCAACAACAUCAAGACAGCUCGGGAGCUUCUAAACAUGCUAGAAAAUGGCAAUAAAAAUAGAACACAACAUCCCACAGAUGCUAAUGCUGAGAGCUCUAGGAGUCAUGCUGUUUUUCAGGUGUAUGUAAAAAUGAGGUACAAAACAAGCAGUCAACUACGGCUCGUCAAGCUCUCCAUGAUAGACUUGGCUGGCAGUGAACGUGCUUCUGCCACCGGGUGUGUAGGAGAUCGCUUCAAGGAGGGUGCUAAUAUCAACAAGAGUCUACUCUCACUCGGCAAUUGUAUUAACAAAUUGGCAGAUGGCAGUAGUUACAUACCUUAUAGAGAUUCAAAGUUGACACGUCUCCUCAAAGACAGCCUCGGUGGCAACUGCAAAACUGUUAUGAUUGCAAAUGUAUCUCCCUCGAGUAUUAGUUACGAGGAUACAUACAAUACACUAAAGUAUGCAGCGAGAGCUAACAAGAUACAGCUCAGUAUAAAGAAGAAUAUUGUGGAUGGGAAUAUGAGAUUGUCACAGUAUGUGAAGAUAAAUGAGGAGUUAAAGAAGAAAGUUAAAGAGCUGGAAGCGAAACUUACACUUUGUGCAGUUAAAACAGUCCAUAAAGAACCUGAUGUGGUCAAGGAUAAAGACAAACAAGAGUGGCGUCGCCGCAUCAGCGAGGAGGAGCGCGAGCACGGCGCGCUGGAGGGCCGCCUGCUGGCGCUCAUGAGCCAGCAGCGAGUGCUGGCGCUGCGCCAGCGCCUGCGCACGCGCGCCUUCUCGCACGUCGCCGACCUCGCGCACCGCUCCUCCAGCGACGCCAUGGAGCAGAUGUGCACGGAAGAAAUUCCGAGACAGGAACGUGCGGCUGAAAACUACUUGAAGCAGUCUGUCAACUUGGACUCCAAAAUAAUGACCGCUUGGACCAAAUGGAAUGAGAGCCUCAAGAAGAUGCAAAUACUUUAUAAUGAGGCCGUAGCUUGUUGUCCUGAAUUGAUUGACUUUGUCGAAAAAGUCCAGAUGCAAAGUGAAUUACGUCAUCUCAGAGCGAGGGACGAUUUACGGUACAAAUUGUUGGCUAUAGAGAAUGACGAGAUCAAUGCAUUUACAGAAUACAUGAGUGAUAUGCCCAGUAUGCUCAAAAAAUUAUAUUUGACGUUGAAAGGUUACGACAAAGCGCCACCGGCGCUGACGGCUGAAUAUUUAGAGAUUAUGAAGAAAGCAAAAUCUGCUAAAGGGAUCACAUGGUCAGAUAAAGACAUGGAGAGUGAUAGUCAUUUCAAAUUUGUAUCAACUUUGAACUUGGACAAACCCACAACCACAAUGGAAUAUAAUUUAGAUAUAAAAGACAUGAAUUCUACUGUUGAUAUCGUGACAGAUAGUGAUGAUUUUACUGACAUAGAAAAUUGUGAACCCAUUCUCUCUAAAAAACGCAAAGGAACACCUAUUAAACUUGCUAAUAACGAAACUAUCAUAAUAAACGAUUCUUUGGAGAGUUUAGAUACAACAAGAAAUCUUAAUUCAGCAAAGAAAAUUAAAAUGAAUACUAAUCCUGCUCUGGAUGUGGAGAACUAUCUCGGGUUAGACCCGAAAGAUCUAAAUUCCACCUUUGUGCUCGCGGGUAAAAUCGAUGCUUGGAAGAGUUUGCCAGUAAAAACAGAAUUGAAGGUGGAAAUCCAACCUGUGAAGAAGGGUCUGGUGGAUAGGACGAACACCAUGCCUCGGACUAUAACAUUUAAUGACAACAAAGGGCGGCUGGUGAGGCCGGCGGCGGGCAAGGCGCUGCCGCAGCGCCGCGUGGCGCCACGUCCGCCCGGCUUCGGCUCCAGCCUGGCGCGCGACGGCACGCCGCUGCAGCGCGCCGUGCAGGACGGCUCGAGAAAGACUACUGUCACUGAAAAAUCAGUGGGGUUUAAAGCAGUUCGAGCAAGGGAGAGGGUGCAGGCGCACCCGUACUCGAGACCCGCAGCCGUCAACUCGAGGAAGUGAGCAGCUACCGCUGUUAGUCAUCAGCGAUCAUCGGAGACCAACAGCGACCACCAGUGACCACCAGUGACUACCAGUGGGCACCAGUGACAAUUAAAGACCAUAAAAGCCAUCAGUGACCACCAGUGACCACCAGUGGCCACCGGUGACCACCUGUGAACAUAGCACUAGUGAUCAUAGGACAUUCCUAUAAAUGUGUUCUCGGAUACUGAUCAGUGUUUUAAAGGCAAUAAGUGUCCAGUAAGUAAGAUAAGUCGUGAAGUAAAAUUAAUUAUUAUAUACUUUAAGAAUAUGUAAAAUUGUAAGGUACGUAGCAAUAUAACUUAUAAUAUAAAAGGGAAAAAUUAGAUUGUUGAUAACUGAUAUUUUUAGAAAUUAUAAAACAAUUAGUCUAGUAUCUUCAUAUUAUGGAAUAAUUUUAGUACUUUAUUUUAAGAUAUAUCACAAACUGAUAACAUCGCAAACCGAUUAAAUAACUUAAUCAAAUAAUAAAGUAUCUAGCGGAGUGAAACUUGCGAAUGGAUUAGUUUUCCGUAUUUGAGCGAAGUUUCAUCAAACUGAAACACUGUGGGUCUGCGGAUUCUUCUACGUAUGCGGGGUAUAAAGUUGUUUCCACACUAAACUGUCGGGGAUAUAAUAUGUUAUGAUAUAAAAAUUGCAAGAUAUUUUACAAACAACUAUAACUAUAAAUUGUUUUAGAAAAUAGUACAAUCAUAAUAUGCUCUGUUGAUGUAAGACUUUUUUGAACGGAACAUUCUUGUUUGUCCCUUGAGUAGGUUGCUUGUGCAGUGAUAUUUGGAAUUAGCUGUUGUGUUAACAGUGAGGGGUUGAUUCCGCUAUCCAGAUGUUUGCGUAGAGCAUAAUUCACAUAGACACAUGUAUGAUUGCACACCGCGAUUUGUUGGAACUGUUAAGAAUAAAAAUCUUCUUAAAAUUGAUUCGGAUUAUGCUAUAAACAUCACUCCAAGCUUCAUUCGAAUCAAUUUCCCGGCCAGAGGGUAACUCCGAUGACGCUAUUCUAAAAAGUAAAGUUUUGAAACGACACGUACGGUCAUAAAAAUGCGUGUGGAAGUUUAAAUCGUUCACGAGUCACGACUAAUCUUUGAAAUAGAACAACAACUUUGUUUAUAACAUUUUAUUGCAACGUAUCAGGUGUUCAGCCUUCAAUCUACACUUCUCGUAUAUCACAUCACAUCGAAAUCUUCUAAACCGUUGCUACAUUGCAUAGUUUAAUUAACGGAAAACUUCGGGCGCGUUAUACGAGAGGAGUAGAUUCAAAUCAUUUAAUCAAUAAGGCAGCAUGUUGUUGUUAUAGUCUCCAAAUUUUUCCUUAAC